AUGACCCGUGUCCUCUUCCUGUCCUUCCUUUUCAUGACAACAGGAGUUUGGGAUGCGGCAGAGUGUUCAUCAGGUGACGGAAAGAGCUUAUGGUACGGGUCACUGAACCAAAGCGAGUUCUUGCCUGGAACGUUCCCUAAGGGAUUCCUCUGGGGCGCUGGAACUGCAGCAUUCCCGACCGAGGGAUCAUGGGAUCAGGAUGGGAAAGGGCUAUCUAUCUGGGACCACUUCACUCACAGCACUGUUGGAACAGGGAACAACAACAUGAGCACCUUGACAGCGGACACAGCCAGCGACAGUUAUGUGCUCUGGGAAAAGGACGUCGAGUCGCUUCGGUACCUUGGAGUCAAAUUUUACUCUUUCUCAAUAUCAUGGCCACGUAUUUUCCCAGACGGCAAUGCUGCAGGGCAACCGAAUCUUGCUGCAGUGGAUCAUUACCGGCGCCUGAUUGACCGAUUAAAAGCACUCGAUUUGGAGCCCAUAGUGACCCUGUUUCAUUGGGAUUUACCCCAAAUCUUGCAAGACGAAUUGGGAGGCUGGAGGAAUGCGAAAUUGAUCCAGAUUUUCGCUGACUAUGCGACAUUUUGUUUUAAAACUUUUGGCCAAGAUGUGCGAUACUGGAUCACGAUACACAACCCGUUACUUAUUGCGUUUCUGGGCUACGGGACGGGGAUUCAUGCGCCAGGGGUGUCUGGUGACCCUGCUGACCCUUUCAUCGUCGCACACAACCUGAUCAGGGCUCAUGCUACAACCUGGCACAUUUACGACAAGCACUUCCGUCCCCGGCAGCAUGGUCAAAUCUCCAUCACGCUCGGCUCCUAUUGGGUGGAGCCUUUUCAAGCCCAGGUGACACCAGUAAAUGUGGAGUUGUGUCAGAAGUCUAUGGAGGCUGUGAUCGGCUGGUUUGCAGAACCUAUACACGGAGGUGGGGACUAUCCGUUGUCCCUACGUUCCUCUCAACCGGCUCUGGUCCCGAAUUUUACACCAGAGGAAAAGCUUUGGGUGCGUGGCACCGCUGAUUUCUUCUCGCUCGCGUUUGGGCCCGAUUCAGUACGCACAGGAAUAGUUUUGGCCCAUUUUGGCCAGCCAGGGGCACUGAACCUGAGAAAAAUUCUGGGCUGGAUCCAGAAGGAGUAUGAGGACCCUCCAGUACUGGUGGCAGAGAGCAGUUGGUUCUCUGAUGCUUCUGUGGGAGUGGAAGACACGGUGGCCAUUUACCUCAUGAAGAGAUUUAUUAACCAAGUGCUUCAAGCGAUGGUGGUGGACCAUGUGAAGGUAUUUGGCUACACAGCCUGGUCUCUGGUGGAUGGGUUUGAGUGGAACAGAGGCUACAGCAUCAGAAGAGGACUAUUCUAUAUUGACUUCAACCAACCUGAACGUACCAGAGUCCCGAAAUCAACAGCUCAGUACUACAGGCAGAUCAUCAAGGACAACGGCUUUCUUAACAAGAAGACAGAGCAAGACAUUUAUGGCCAUUUUCCCUGUAAUUUCCAGUUUGGAGUCGCAGAUUAUAUCCUGCAGGUCCAUCUACAGCCGUUUUCACCUCAAUUCACCGAUCCUGUGCUGUAUCGUUGGAAUGUCAGCGGCGAUGGCUCUCUCAGUCCGGUUUCAGGAGUAACUCUUCGCACCCGUGGCUCCCAGUGCACCGACUUCCUUGCUAUUCAGCAUCACAUCCACCUCCUAGAAGUCACAGGGUCAUCACAUUACAGAUUUGCCCUGGAUUGGCCUCAGCUUUUCCCCAACGGUGACGGCCUGUCUGCGGAUGCAGUAACGGUGCGAUAUUACCGCUGCAUGCUAACUGAGCUCAAGAAGAAGGGUAUCGGUGUAGCUGUUACACUCUACCAUCCCAGUCUCAGGUCGCAUACGCUGGGCUUACCGAGGUUGCUGCAUGCCCGAGGUGGAUGGAUGAAUGCAAGUACAAGUGACGCUUUUGUUGACUAUGCCACAUAUUGCUUUCAAAAGUUUGGGUCGCUUGUGGAUGUCUGGAUCACUGUUAAUGAACCAAAUCGUCUGACAGAAGUGUAUAAUGCGAAUGCAGAAGAAAGAGGUAUGGUCGUGCGUAACGUGUUGAUGGCACAUGCUCGUGCAUGGAAUAUUUAUCACACACGUUUUCGUCAACGCCAGGGAGCGACAAUAGGUUUUGCGCUCCAUGCUGAUUGGGUGGAGCCAGCCAAUCCUUUUAUAGACUCUCAUGCUAGUGUUGUCCAUCACUUCCUGUUCUUUGAACUUGGACGUUUCCUCGAUCCUAUCCUACAGGACAUAGACUACACUGAUAACAGCUGCCACGACUGCUUCCGGAUGCCACACUUUUCCGAGGAUGAGAGGUCUGAGCUUAGAGGAGCCCUUGAUUUUAUUGCACUCAAUCACUUCACAACUCGCCUGGUUUAUCCAAAAUUAAGACGGGACCUCAAGCCUAGUUCAACCGUCCAUGAUUAUGACUACUCGUUCAUGACAGAUCCAACAUGGGCUUCCUCGAAUAAGGGCCAAGCUCUUGUGCCCUGGGGGCUCCGCAGAGUCCUGAGGUGGGUGAAGAAUCGCUACGGGAACAGUCAUCCUGUAAUCAUCACAGCCACAGGGAUCGAUGACCAGGCAUCCUAUAAUGACCACCUGAGGCAGCGAUACAUAAAGAGCUACAUGCAGGAAGCACUAAAGGCGCGUGAACUUGAUGGAGUUGAUGUGCGUGGUUUUUAUGUCUGGAAGCUGCAAGACCAUCAUGCUCCAGAUUUUGGAUUCUUCCUCUCCUCCGACCAUCGCUCCCGACCCAAGGCCUCUAUCUCCAUUUACCGCCAGCUCAUUUCUCAGCGUGGCUUUCCCUCCAUCUCCGACCCUGUGACCUCGCUUUGCGAGCCAGUCGUGAGCCAAGGGGAGUGUUGGAUCUGUGAGAACAGACCACUGCUCUUCUUUGGUGCGAGUGUCACGAUCAGUAUGUCUGUGCUGGCAGGUGUCAUGGUUACUGGCAUGAUGAGGAGGAGCAUGAUGAAGAGGAAGAAGAGGAAGAAGAAGAAGAAGAAGAUGAUGAUGAGCCAAGCCAUGAGAAGGGUCGUGUACAGAAUCUGAAGACCUUUAUCUGGUUACUAUUUUGCAAGAAGAAGCCCAAACCUUCUUCCUUGACACUCAUCAAUGCAGUUGAUGAGAAAAAAAAAUGUAACAUCAGAUAAGGCACGUUUGAUGUCAGAAAUUUGCUUCUCGAGCCAGUGGUAAUAUUGUAAUGAUUUAUAAUCACACACUGUUCAGGAUGGGUUCCAUUUGGAGUCUGGUUUCUUUUUCAUGUGGUCUCAGGGAGUUUUUUCUUGCCACUGUCAAUUCUAGCUUGCACAUUUGGCAUUCUGAUUU